ACGCUUGCGGUUAUUUGUUCGUCGGCUACAAGUGCAGAUGCAAUUCGGUACUUCAUCACAGUUAGGAUCAAGCCAGCAUGGAUGUGACUAGAAGACUCUCGCUUCUGUUGGCAGCUUGUUCUUUUAUUGCUGUACAUGUGCACGUUUUGGUCAAUGCAGAUUCCGUUAGCGUCAAUGCUGCAAAGUUAAAUCAGAACUUUUUCUCGAUCUUUACUGACGGGGUCAAAGAUUUAAAUGCCAAACCUGUCUUUCGAGGAGGAUCUCGUUCAACUCCGGAUCCCAACAAGAUUGAUCUUCUCUUUGUUAUGGACAAUUCCGGUAGCAUCGGCAGUGCUAACUUCGUUAAGCAAAAGACCUUUGUCAGUCUGAUGAUCGACCACGUCCUAACUGUCACGUGCACCAAAUCGAUCCGAGUCGCAAUUAUCAGUUUUGCUGCGUCGUCCCAGAUUACGGUCGAAUUCGACUUCAAUGAUUACUCGGGAUCGGCGACUCCUCGCGUUGAUCUGAAGAAUGCAGUCAAUGGUAUUGUCUACGUGCACGGGUGGGCUACGAAUACUGCAGGUGCUCUAGACGAAGCACAUUCUCUAUACAAUGACGCGUCCAGAGGAGCGAGAUCGGAUGCGACCAGAGUUGUUUUCGUGCUUACUGACGGAAAAUCUAAUCAAGGUGGAGCUCCAGGUCCCAAGGCAGACGUUCUACAAAACACAGACGGUGCUAGGGUUUUUGCGGCGGGCGUGGCUAAUUUUGGCUCCACGAGCAGUGACAACGAGUUGAAUGCCAUCGCUUCACAGCCUGACGCCAAUCACAGGUUAGUAGUAGAUGAUUUCGACGACAUGGACGACAUCGCUGCUGAAUUUGGCGCAAAAUUGAGGUGUAAUGUGAUUGACUUAGCAACUUAUCGUCCGGAAGACUGGAACUCUAUUGUGGCCGGAUUCAAAACCAUUAAGCAAAAUGGUGUCAUCAACGAUCUCGCAGCACUUCAUAAUCAAGUCUUUUCUGUAUCAAGCUCGGCCCAUGGUGGUGCGGGCUUCUUCCCUUGGCAUCGUUCUUUCCUCAGUAUGUUGGAGCACGCUUUACAAAUCGCUCAAAACGACGUCUCACUUCGUCUCCCAUACUGGGAUUGGUCAGGAGAACAUGUCGCCACGUCGGCCAUUUGGGCUCACUUGGGCAGCGGUUCUCUCAACAACGGAGCGGGCCCCAACGAUUGUGUCAAUAGCGGACACUUUAGUCAAGCGUUGUGGCAUCCCGAUCCAUCCGAAUGUAUCGUACGGAAUGUCUUCAAUCCCGUGCCCGGAACGCAACAGGCAUCACAAGCACAACUGAACAAUGACCGCACAAGCAAUCCAAUCUAUGACAACUUCCGUCCGCAGACCGAAGGGAGUGGAGCCCGGCACAACACUUUGCAUGGACGAUUCGGAUCAUCCGACAUGAAUUCGGGUGAGUCACCACGUGAUCCUCUCUUCUAUCUGCAUCACUGUUUUAUCGACAAACUGUGGUACGACUGGCAAGAAUUGUACGGGGAUGAUGAAAGUAACUAUCCAGCUGACGGCACUCCUGGUGUUGUCUACACACUUAAUAGUGUGAUGAAUUUCUUAACUGCUGCGUAUCCUGGGGGAACAGACCUGUUAAAGGAGUCAGCAUGGAGACGACCAAAGAAUGUUCUCAAAGUUGGAAACUUGGGUUACACGUAUGCUCAAUCUAGUGGGACACCGUUUGGACGUAAGAAAAGACAGUCGACCAGGCUGGCCGUUUCCUCAAUCAAAAGAUUGAUUCCACAUGACACUAAAAUCGAAGAAUUAUUUACAACUGAACGUCCAUACACCCCUGAGCCCGAUCUGUCCGUAUCCACAAUCAGAGCAAUGAUUGCCAGUAGACGUCCAACGCGCCAACAGGUUGUUCAAUGGGAUUUCGAUACUCAGUGUUGGUUUGAAAGCGAUUUGCUCACACCAAGCCAACGAGCUCAGUGUAUUCAUCGAGGAAUAAUAGUAAGUGCACAUGCCUUUGCCCUAAUAACGCACCAUACUUACCUUUCUUUCCAUAUGUACCUUUGUCUUCUACCUUCACUUGAAUUCCCCAGCCUGGUAUUCGUCUUGUAAACGGUCCAAAUCAAUAUGAAGGUCGGGUAGAAAUCUUGGUUGAUGGUCACUACCACGCAGUCUGUUCAGAUGGUUGGGAUAACGUUGAAGCCAACAUUGUGUGUGCCCAACUAGGAUAUUCCACUGGUCAAGCAACUCCAGGAAGCAGA